CGAAAGCUACCACUCCGAUCCGACCCCGCGGCCGUCACAUGACGAUGACGUGAAAGUCACAAAAGGUUGAGGUUGUCGUCUCUCUGAUAUUAAUCACGGAAGGUCCGUCACUUCAUUCCGUAGCUUCUGCGUACCGUGAUCCAUUCCACUGCCUCUUACGAUAGAUACCCAUACUUCACCUGGGCACGUUGCGUGACACUAUCGAGCAUCACCAGACAGCAAUUCACAUCACGAUCCAAGCACUACAAGACAAGAGUGGGAUUCACAAUGGCAUCUGCACAGCAACUCAACCUGCCCGACGGCCGCAUCCUCUCAUACGACCUCUCAGGCCCGGACGCGAAGCCCGUCGUCUUGUUAGCCAACUCGCUUGCGGCGCCCUUUACGCUCUGGGAUCAUGUUGUCAAGGUUCUCCACGCCAACGGCUUCCGUACGCUGCGCUUUGACCAGCCGGGCCACGGCAAGUCGUCCGCGCCAAAGAAGCUCGACACCGAGUUCGAGACGAUAGCCGACGACGUGCACACUCUGGUCAAGUCGCUCAAGAUUGAGAAGCUCUUUGCCUGGAUCGGCGUGUCUAUGGGCGCCGCGACGAGCUUCUACUUUGCGACAAAGUACCCCGGCAUCAUCCAAAAGGUGGCCAUCUGCGACACCAUCAGCUCGUCGCCCAAGCACGCCGGGGUGGAGGACUUGUUCGGCCCGCGGGCCAAGGCGGCGGGCGAGGCCGGCAACAUGGAGGCCCAGGUCGACCAGACAAUGGACCGCUGGUUCGGCGCCGAAUGGAUCAAGGCCAACCCCGAGGAGGCGGCUCGGGCGCGCGCCAUCAUGAACCAGACUACCGUGGAGGGAUUCCAGACGUGUUGCUUUGCGCUGCAGAGCGAUAGCUUCGAUAUCCGGCCUCUGUUUGAGAGGAUUGGGUCGGGUGUUGACGAGGCGUUGCUGGUUGUUGGUGAAAAAGACGCGAACCUUCCCCAGGCGAUGCAGGAGAUGCGGGACAAGGUGGAGAAGGGGUUCAGGGCGGCUGGCAAGGACAACAAGAUUGAGCUCAAGUUGAUCAAGAACGCGGGUCACGUCCCGUUUGUGGACAACUUUGAGCAGUUUAAGGAGGUGAUUCUGGGCUACCUCAAGGCGUGAUUGAUCUCUACGGAGUAGUCGCGAUUGGAGUCAAUGGAUACUUACCCAGUAGGGAAACGAAAGAAAACAAAAGCAG